ACGCAAGUGAAGUAUGUAAAACCGACGGGUGAUGGAUUUUACUUGUUCAAAGACAAUGGUUUCACACUGUGUAGCUCAUCGUCUCACAAGUUCAGCUUUGUUAAAAAAUCUAUAGGCCGGGAAGUCGUAGUUUGUUGCACAAUGGUUGCACAAUAAUUUUAAGAUUUUCAUAAGAAUACACUUGCACGAUGGAGUAAGACUUGAAAUGGAAAUUGAGUCGACGUGAAGCCAAUAAAAGAUUUUGGUAAUUGGAGUACAUUCAAGUUAGGAUAAAAAACCUGGAAAUGCGAAGUUAUCACCAGCAUGACACCAGCAGAGGGACCAACACUAUGGAAGGUCAAAAUUAUGGUGGUCCUGACAGAGACACGAAUUGGAGAAGACCGGCAACUACUCAUAACUCGGCUGGGGACAGUAGUUAUAGUCGACAAGGUCGCGGUCACAGACAUCCUAGCAAUCAUUAUCAAAGAGGUCGUGGUGUCCCUAGGCCAGGAGGAGGAAGACAACUUGCAUUGUCCACAGAAGGACCCACGACGACGAAAGGAGCCUCUAAAAUUAUUGGCGUCUGUAGAGAGAUGUGUCCCGCAAAGGAAAGAUUGUUACGGGAACGUGAAGGCCUUCUCCACCAAUUUGAAGUAUUUGAGCAUCCGACGUCGUCCUCGUCAUCAUGGCCUGUUGAAAGCUCUGGUAAUGUUGGACCGUGUGAAAUCUUACGAGACGGAAGAAAUGGGAGACGCGGUGAUGGUGGCAGGGGAAAUAGAAAACUCCUCCCCAAAGCAGACUCAAAAAGGACCAUCAAGUCUUUCGCGAGAUCGGCUGCGGGUCAAGAUAAAACCCUUCCGGAGGAUUUGAGACCACCAAUAAUUCUGAAGGAAACCGUGGAAUACUUGUGUAAAGAUAUACUUCCGAGAACAGACUGUCCAUUCAAUAUCGUGUAUGACUUUAUAUUUGACCGACUGCGAGCAAUUCGUCAAGAUAUGGUCAUUCAAAGGAUUGAAGAUAAUGACGCUAUCAAAAUUUUAGAGACCAUUGUCAAAUUCCAUAUUUACGCCGAAUUUAGGUUGCGAGAGGAGCAUAUAUCCAUUUACGAUCCUCACAUAAAUCAAAAACAUUUAGUCGAUUGCCUUCGUAAAUUGUUGGUCUUAUAUGAAUUUAAUAAUUACAAGGACUCGUCACGUCAUGAAUUCGAGGCGUUGAAUUGUCUCGUCUCCAUAAACUCUUACCAAGUAGUGACACGAGCGUAUUCAAUCAGGACUGAAAUGAAUUCGAAUGUUUUAAACAUUUCAAUUGAAAUGGCACUGGCAUAUCAGUGUAAAAAUUUUGUCGAUUUCUUCAGAAAAAUUGGACAACUGCCAUGCAUUUUGCAAAUGUACUGUGAACGACAUGUCCAAUCCAUGCGACAAUUUGCCUUUCAUAUAAUGUGCAUGGCAUAUGGGGUGAGAGAUUCCUGCAAGAUUCCCUUAUCAUGGAUAACCUCACAACUCUUGUAUUCCUCCAACGAUGAAACCCACACGGACCUAGGCAAAUUAAAUGUCGAGAUCAUACGAGAUAAUGUUACAAAUGAAAAAUACGUCAGAUUUAAAAAAUCGCAAGCUGAUAUGAUGCAAUCGGCUACUGGAAUCAAGUACAAAUUUCUCUCAUUGUGUAUUCAAUCUAUUGUUCAAGAUGGAAAUUUAUCCAAGUUAUGUUUGAGCUUAUAACAGUUUUAAGCACAUAAAAUAAUUAUGCUAAUUUUAUGCAUGAGAGGCAAUGUACUACACAAAUAACAAAAUAAAUAUUUAUAGUUUUCUUAGUUUCUUAA